GAUGCCUCUGGAUGUUCAAUGAUAGCACUCCUCCAUACUGGAGCAGCAAAGUUUCCCCAAAACUUACUUCCAAGGACAAGACAAGCUGUGUGCUCCCUCCUCUCGGCUGGUGUUCUCAAAGGGUACGGCUCCAUCGUAAGCAGGAAACUGGCGUCCCACGGCUUUGGAGCUUCCAUGGCAGCAAUGUCAUCCUUCCCUCCACAGAGAUAUCACUACUUCUUAGUGCUGGAUUUUGAGGCUACGUGUGAUAAACCACAGAUUCAUCCUCAGGAAAUCAUCGAAUUCCCUAUCCUGAAGCUGAAUGGCAGGACGAUGGAGAUCGAAUCCACCUUUCACAUGUAUGUUCAGCCUGUGGUGCAUCCCCAGCUUACGCCCUUCUGUACAGAGCUGACUGGGAUUAUUCAAGGCAUGGUGGAUGGGCAGCCAAGCCUCCAGCAAGUGCUUGAGAGGGUUGACGAGUGGAUGGCGAAGGAAGGCCUCUUAGAUCCCAGCGUCAAGUCGAUUUUUGUGACCUGUGGAGACUGGGAUUUGAAAGUGAUGUUACCAGGACAAUGCCAGUACUUAGGGCUGCCGGUUGCUGAUUACUUCAAACAGUGGAUUAAUCUGAAAAAGGCGUACAGCUUUGCCAUGGGGAGUUGGCCAAAGAACGGGCUCUUAGACAUGAACAAAGGACUGAACCUACAGCACAUAGGGAGGCCUCACAGCGGGAUAG